AUGUGUAUUACCAAUAAUAUUGAUAGCCAUUUGAAAAUUUCUAAUUUUACUAAAGCAUAUAGAACCCACAUACACGUUCCCUUCAAGAUUCUUAGUCUUUACAAAAAUUCCAACGAUUGGGAUGAGCGAUAG